AUGCAAGCAACAACUGCANAAAGACAGAGAUCCAUAUCUCCACCCCCCACAUCACGACCAGCCAAGAAGAUCAAAGAACAAUCAAAUUCAGCUGGAUCAUCAUCACUUCAGUAUCCCCGAGGCACCGUCAAANAGACAUGGGCUUUCGGUCACGCUCGAAGCAACAACGAUAUCAAAAUCGAAGAAGUGCUUGAAAAGUCUACACUACGCACAGCCUUGCUCUCUGCAUUUCAAUGGGAGAAUAAUUGGAUCAUGGCAAAGCUCAACUUGCAACAGACCAAAGUCAUCAUGGUCAUGCAAGCAGAUGAUGAGGCUGUCAAGCAGCAGUACCGUCAAGAGACUGCGUAUCUGGGUAAGAUCCUCCGACUAGUCUUCCNNCCCUCCAUGGAAGGGAACAUUAACUGCAUGCACUCCAAGCUCAUGUUGUUGUUCCAUCCGCAUAAGCUGAGAGUAGUGGUACCUUCGGCGAAUCUGACAAGCUAUGAUUGGGGUGAGCAGGGUAUCAUGGAGAAUUUUGUCUUUCUCAUUGACCUGCCUCGCCUCCAAGAUACUGCCCACAGCGAUGAGAGCUCAUUGCCUCAAUUUGGGCGCGAGCUACUCUAUUUCUUGAGUAAANAGGGCUGUGAAGACGACAUUCUCAAAGGCGUCUUGAACUUUGACUUUAGUAACACUGAACACCUCGCCUUCGUCCACUCUGUAGGCGGCACUCACUACGGCGAAGACAUGGAAAGAACUGGCUAUGUUGGUCUAAGCAAAGCAAUCCGCGAACUGCACUCCCCGUCCCAAUUCUCCAUCUGCUCUCAGUCCGACCUUCAGAUCGACUAUGCAGCUUCCUCCAUUGGGUCCUUGAACGAUGACUUCCUCACCAUCAUGCACAAUGCUGCUCGAGGCGAAGAUGCGACAGCUACUCCCACUUCCAUUUCCCGCACCGCACCCAAGCCUUUUCAAGAUACCAUUCCGACAACCAACAUCCGAGAUAACAUCCGCAUCUAUUUUCCGACACACGCCACCGUCGCAAGCAGCACAGGUGGCCUACUCAGCGGCGGAACGAUUUGCCUUAGAUCCGAGUGGUGGAGUCGUCUUAGCUUCCCACAAGAAUGCUUCCGAGACUAUCGCUCCAAGCGGCCUGGUGUGCUUUCUCACAACAAAAUUCUGUACGCCAGAGGCAUCAAUAAGAACGGUGAGCCCGUCGCUUGGAAGUACUUAGGAAGUGCCAACCUGAGUGAGGCCGCUUGGGGCAAGUUGACGUGGGAUCGCAAGAACAAGGAGUGGAAGAUCGGUUGCAGAAAUUGGGAAUGCGGUGUCAUCUUGCCCGUACCAAAGGAGGAGCUUACAAAAGAAUAUCAGCAGACUAGCACUAAGAUACCGGAAGUCGUGGUCUUAAGUGAUGACGAUGCAGAGACAGAGAGUGAGGCUGAGGAUGCCUCAACUGACAGCGAAGGCGAAGCACAGCCCAAGAAGGUCAAGGACAAGAAGAGCAUCAAAGCUCCCAGCCAGAAAGCCGUGGAGAACAAGUCGAAGCCAGCGGCAGCUAGAGUUGAGGUUCCUGGUAUGGAUGUCUUUGGAUCUGAGGAUAUUGCAUUCGAGUAUCCAGGUGCUGCAUACAAUGGCAAGGAUCCAUGGUUUUUCAUGGGCUAA